AUGUCGACGGCACAGUCCUUCCCGCCAGGACAAGGUUCCGCCGGCCCAGGCCUGACGCUCAAUCUCGCCUCGAAUAACCCUUUCCGCAAUCGAACCACCUCCCCCGUCAACGACUUCUUCGGUAAUAAACCUACCUCGCCGCCUCCCGCCUCGCCCUUCGACGAUCCCAUCAUCCCUGCUCGUCCUCUAUCGAGAAACCCAUUUCUUGAUCCGGUAGUCAAGCCAUCUGAACCUCUGCUAUCACCGGGUGUCAUGUCGACCCAAUCCGAUAGAGUAGCAUCUCCCAGCGCCGAAGAGCUUUUUGAUUCCUUGACUCUGGGAGACGAGAAGCCAGCACGACCCAAGGGCGACGAGAACCGACCGAUGAACCGCCCUCCGAAGAAUGGGCCGCCCCGACCGGGCCACAAUCAUCGACCGACCCGGUCUCAGGAAGAAGCUAUGCGUGCGAGGAGGAUGCAGGCCGGUGGUCCCAAGCCCGGUGGCCCUUCGCAGUCCCCGCACAAGCGGCCGGAGCGACGUCCCCGUCGGAACUCGGACUCUUCCCUGCUGAUCGAUAUCGAGAAGCCCCUGACCGAAGAGGAUAUCAAACAGCGUGAGGCUCGUCGACGUGAAAGGGAGAAAAGGAAUCGUCAGCAUCGCCCAAAUCGGAGGGUUGAUGUUAUUGACCAGCUUGAUGCCACUAGCAUGUUUGGAAUUGGAGCCUUCCACCACGAUGGACCGUUUGAUGCGUGCAAUCCCCACCGAAACCGCAAGGGCAGCCGCCGUGCUCCAUUGAAUGCAUUCGCCAAAGAUUCACUAAACAACUCGAUCGGCGGCUCAGGUCCACUUCGGGACCGACCCGACCACUCGACGUUUAUGGGAAUGGGCAGCAACGAGGCGUUCACCGACUACGCUGGGGCGGUGAAUGGGAGCCGUGCUCAUGCCGAGAUGCUCUUUGACCCAACUAGCCGAGGCGACGUGUUGCACGGCGACCAGAGUCUUGGUCUAGGUACAUCGACAUUCCUCGAGGGCACGCCGGCCGCAAGAGCCGUAAUCCAAAAGCGGGAGGCCGAGCAAGCGGCUGAAAUGGCAGAGGGCGGAUUACAGCGAAAGAAGUCGUUGGCCCAGAGGAUCCGGGGCAUAAACAAGGUACCCCGAGAAUACAUGCCCGGUGGACGGCCUAGUUUCGGAGAAGGAGGCCGUCGUCCUACCUACCCCGACUUGCCAAGGCGAACCACGGAGGGUGAAUCAAGCAACAGCCGGAAGUACUCCAACGAGUUUGACAACGAACCCGAAUCCAUUUCGAUCAAGAAGCCGGGAGAUCGAGAUGGUUCUACGUCUCCCACCAGCCCUCCUGCACGAACACGACAGGUUUCUAUCGGUAUAGAACGUAGGUCGACGGCUGAAGGAACGAUGUCGACCUCGGCCGAGAAGCCUGGUGGUAGUGGACUGUUGGCGAGGGUGAAGAGUCUCAAGGGCGGAAGACGAACCCGACCACAGCCUGACGCACCUGACGCAUCUACUACCGCUGCUCCUGGCACGGCUAUUUAG